UUUACCCACUGCAUAAAAUGGACAGGACUGCUUCCAGGAACUGUCUUGCCUUGAAAUGAGGCCAUCCCCCAACCGGACUCCCCUUCCUCCCGCUCUGCAGGAGGACUGGAACCGGGCAGAACAUUAUCCUCGCUCCCCGGCACCGUGUGAACAAACCGAACUGCAACUGAGACCAAAUGCCUGCACCCGCUUCCUAGCUGCAAAAGAGGAGACACUGACCCAGUUAGUCCGCUGCAGCUUCUCCCCUAAGAAUGACACUACAGCGCCUUAUUUACCUGCUUAUUUACUGCCUCUUCAUUACAGCUCUCGCGAUCUCUCUCUCGGAGGCAAGGACGUUUUUAUCUCAGCAUCAUGCCUCAGAGUUUCUGGUCAGAAAACGUCGAGCAAAUUCCUUUAUGGAAGAAACAAUGAAGGGGAAUUUGGAGAGGGAGUGUAUUGAAGAAUACUGCAAUAGAGAAGAAGCCAGGGAAGUCUUUGAGAAUGAUCCUGAAACGGAUUAUUUCUAUCCCAGAUAUUUAGACUGUCUGGCUUCAUUCAGAACUGAAAUUUUCAGAGUGCCAUCACUGACUCCAGAUUCUCCAGUUGACCUGAAGUCCUGCAUAAGAAUAAUACCAGACCAGUGUAAUCCUCUGCCAUGCAAUGUUGAUGGCUAUGAAGAGUGCAGAGAUGGACAAGCCAUGUUCACAUGCAUUUGUAAACCUGGAUGGCAAGGAGAGAAAUGUGAAGAAGAUAUAAAUGAAUGUGAUGACCCCAUAAAUAAAAAGGGAGGAUGUGAUCAAAUUUGUGUUAAUUUUCCUGGAAGUUACCGCUGUUACUGUGAAGAUGGUUAUUAUAUACAGUCAAAUAAAAUGGACUGCAAGGACAGGAAUGAAUGCAUGUUGCACAAAAAUAUUUGUGGGACAGCACAAUGCAAAAAUACACCUGGCAAGUAUGAAUGCGAAUGUGAAACUGGUUUCUCCUAUAACUCAACUUCAAAGAAAUGUGAAGAUGUUGAUGAAUGUGCUGAAAACACUUGUUCCCAAAUCUGUGUCAAUUCUCCAGGAAGCUUCACAUGCUAUUGUGAUGGCAAGAAAGGUUUUAAGCUUUCCAAGGAUAUGAGGACUUGUGAGACUGUACCAGAUUGCCUCCUUUUGAAUCUUGAAAAGAAUUAUGAAUUGCUUUAUCUGGCAGAGCAGUUCAUUGGAAUCCCUGUUUUGUAUUUAAGGUUUAGAUUGCCAGAAGUUAGAAGAUUUUCUGCAGAAUUUGACUUCCGGACUUACGAUAAUGAGGGUGUGAUACUGUAUGCUGAAUCCACAAACAGUAUAGCCUGGUUUCUACUUGCAUUGCGUGAAGGAAAGAUUGAAAUUCAGUUCAAGAAUGAACUUGGGACAAAAGUAACAAGUGGUGGUAAAGCUAUUAAUGAUGGCUUGUGGCACAUGAUCUCUGUGGAAGAACUAGACCAUAGCAUCAGUGUAAAAAUAGCCAAAGAAGCAGUGAUGAACAUCAAUAACCCAAGUCCUCUUUUCAAGCUUUCUAAUGGCUUUUUGGACACAAAAGUGUACAUUGCAGGAUUCCCUCGCAAAAUGGACAAAAGUCUCAUUAAAUUGAUUAAUCCCCGUUUGGAUGGGUGCAUUCGUGGUUGGAACUUGUUAAAUCAGGGAACAUCCGGUGUAAAAGAUAUAAUUCAAGAAAAACAAAGCAAACAUUGUUUAAUAAGUGUUGGAAAGGGAUCUUACUACCCUGGCACUGGCAUGGCAAAGUUUCACAUUAGCUACAAUAACACCUCAAGCGACACAGAGGAUUGGUUAAUAAAUGUGACAAUGGCUAUCCGUCCAUCCACAGGCACUGGAAUAAUGUUUGCCUUGGUUUCAGGUGAAACAGUUCCCCUUGCUUUGUCUAUUGUGGAUUCCAACUCAACAAAUGUACAGGAAAUCAUUGUAUCCAUUCAGAAUGUCAUUGUUGCCCACUUAGAGUCAAGAAGUUUGUGUACCUCAAGAAGAGUGCUACUCAGACUCAUGAUAAGUAGACAGAUGCUUGAACUUACAGCUGAUUCGCAUUCAGAUAUCACCUAUUCAGGACACCAUCUCUCUGUCCUUGAAAAAGCAGUUAAUGGAUCUGUUGAUACCUACUUAGGGGGCAUUCCUGAUGUUCCAGUGGAGGCAACUCCAGUCACAGUUUUUUACAAUGGCUGCAUGGAGGUGAAAAUUAAUGAUAGGGAAUUGGAUUUGGAUGAAGCCAUUUCCAAACACAACGACAUUAGAUCUCACUCAUGCCCACUACUGUUGGAACAAAUACAAAGACCUGAAGUCAUUGACUCCCCUUGAUCCCUUAAUAAUCCCAUUGAUCAUUAAACUCUGCAGGAAAAUCCUGGUUGUUCUGCACAAAAUGGAUUGAGCUGUAAAUGCUCUUUUAUUUCUAAUGAUCUGUUUCAAGAACAUACACAUUGCAAUAUACGUCCAACAUGAAUGGACAGAACCAAGAUUAACAUUCCAUCAGAAUAGUGUUACUGACCUUAUUUCAAGAUUAUUAGUUGUAUAGUUACCACAUUUUGUAUUUUACAUGUCUUUUGGAAAAAUAAAAGCUGAAAACAUC